AUGGUAUCGGCGUUAUCAGAAAAAGCUCGUAAAGGAUUUGUCGUGCCAAGAAGCUCCAACACUGAAUGGCUGGUCUUGCAUUUCAGGGCAGGUAGAACAUGGUUUGCCGCAGCCCCGUCAAUUGUCGAACCAGAAAGCAAGAAGAAGAAAUGCGGCAACGAGGGAGACAAGGCUCAGACGGGUACGCGUAAACGAGUGCUAAUCAUAGUAGAGAUCGGAAUGGGAACAGAACCAUUCUGCGGUUCAGCGCACCUUGUGACAGCAAGCAAUGCACCUGAGACGACGGAGAGACUUGACGAUGGAGUGGUCGUGUCUUUGGGAUGA